CUCGCCUUCUACUUAUCCCUAAUCACCUUACUUCAACCCAGCUGAGAAAAACCAAGAGAACAAGUGUCUUGGAUACAAUCACAGCGACUGUAUGAUCAAGAGACAAACAAGACAGUCUGCUGGAAUUAUGGGCAGGGCUCAGAAAACCAGUCCUGGACAGCACAAGCACUGUGAGAAAUGUUUCAACCGGCAAUGCCAAGUCCCAAUCGAGCUCACCAUCUCCUGCUUAGUGAUCAACUGCCAUUCACGCUGUGGGGCUGCCUUUCAUAUGUGUAAACAGGAAGAACACCAACUCCUAUGUCCCCUAGAGCAGGUCUCAUGCCUCAACGCAGUUUAUGGCUGCCCUUUCUCCAUGGCCCGUUUUAAGCUGGCAAAGCACCUUCAGGUCUGUCCAGCCAGUGUUGUCCACUGCUCUAUGGAAUGGAAUCGCUGGCCAAAUGUAGACUCAGAAACCAUUCUACAUAAGAACAUUAUGAAGGAGCCACAUAAUGAGCAGUGUCUGGAUACAGCUCUAGCCCUCAGAGAUCAGAAGAUUCUUUUUAGGACUCUGAAAAUGAUCGAGCUGUUUCCAGAAUGGAGAGAAGAUGAUAAAAUGGAAGAACCAAUAGCUGGAGCUGCAGGUUUGGAAGAAGGAGCCGUUGGAGGAAUAGCAUGUGAUUCUAAAGAAGCUGAUGGCCAAGUUGCUGAGCUUACCCAACAGGAGCAUGAGGAUUUGGCAAAGGAUAAGAAGGGGAUGGAUCUAGUAAGUUACAAAGCCUGGGAGAAUAUGUUUAGCAAAGAGCUUUCAGCAUUGAAGGCAACAGACUUUUCAGCAAACUCGGAAAAAAAGGAAGGGGAUAGCUACAAGAAAACAGGACAGAUUCUUUGUGAUGGCAACCCCAAAGAGAAGACAAAGGAAGCAGCUAUUGUGGAAGAACCAAAAGAAAACAAAAAUAAUCAAGUGAUUACAGGUGCAGAAAAGACAGGUCUGGCUCCUUGGCAAGAUGGGAUCCUGGAGAGGUUGAAAAAAGAAGUUAACAUAGGGGAUUAUAACAUGUACCUGGUGCAUCAUGGGAGAAUGCUCAUCCAUUUUGGUCAGCUUGCUGCUUGCACACCAAGAGAGAAAGACUUUGUGUAUGGGAGCUUGGAGGCUCAUGAAGUGAAGACUGUGUGCACCUUCAGAGUGCCAGUUAGCUAUCGUGGCAAAAGAGCACGACUUGGAGAUGCCUUGGCAUACAAGAUAGCAACGAUGGACAAGUCAGUGGAUACUUCAGAUUUGCAAAUAAGCCUUGAGGAAUUUCCUAAAUCAGAUACAGCCAGAAGUACACUAUUGUGUGCAUUGGAAAAGGAACUGAAAGGUCAUGAGAUCUCGGAAGCAAAGAAUAUUGAUGGACUGUUCAUGGAUUUUGGGACACAGACAUACAGCUUUCAGGUGGAACCCUUCUCCUCUAGAGCUGUUCUAGCAGAUGUUCUGGAUAUAAAAAGCCCACCAGAACUCCAUGUAGAGCUUCAAACUGAGUGUGUUACUAGAAGACAUAACAAAAGCUGCUCAGCCUUCACAUUCACUUGCAAUCACUUCUUCAGGAGGGAUGAGUUUCCUUCACAUUUCAAGAAUGUUCAUACUGAUAUCCAGUCCUGUCUAAACGGAUGGUUCCAACAUCGUUGUCCACUUGCCUACUUGGGAUGCACUUUUGUUCAAAACCGCUUCUACCCUGCUAGUCAUAAAGCAAAGAUUAUCUACAGCCAGCAUCUUGAUACAUUUGCUAUUAAACCAGAAGUUGACCCUGUGCCCUCUGAAAUACAGAAAUGCAAUUUUACAACAAGUAAUCAAGGAAAAAAUAAAGAAUCCCUGAGCAGCCUUCCAUUGGAACUUUUACAAUAUAUUGCUGCGUUCUUGGACAGCUUCAGCUUGUCUCAGCUGUCCCAAGUGUCUGUAUUGAUGAGGGAUAUCUGUGCCACUCUACUUCAAGAGAGAGGGAUGGUCCUCCUGCUGUGGGAGAAAAAAAGAUAUUCCCAUGGAGGUACUUCAUGGAGAGCUCGCAAAAAGAUCUGGCAGUUUAGCAGCCUGUUCUCCCCUGUUAACAACUGGCAGUUCAGUGACAUUCCCUCCAUGUCUGAACACCUGAAGAUUUGUCCGUUCUAUGAUGUGGAGCACAAGAAGGAUCCAUUCUUGCUGGCCAGCAUGUGUGGACCCCGAAAGCGGGCUCAAGAUAGCUUGGUCUCAACCUUCAGGCAUGGAUCCUGAAUACAUCCUCCCAGCUUCCUCCCCCAGGUCUCUCAGAGGAGUAUUGGGAUCUGGGUUGUAGAGAUUAUUAUGUGGAGACCCCAUAAGAAAAUUUCUUUUGGAAACACAAAAUCAACCUUUUGCUGUUCUGUUUGGAAUAUGUUGCAUCAUUUCCCUUCAGUAUUUUAGCAAUACUAAAAAAAAAAAAAAAAAAAUCAGUACUUCAUUCAGCUGAUUGCUGAUAUCACAGGCUUUCUGUUUAUUUUUUGUGUUUCAUGCUUGCUCAUAAAUAGAGCCACCUGGAAAAAGCAAUGAUAAGAGUACUGGUUUAUAGCAGCCAGUUGGCAGUCUGGAAAUCAGGGAAAAGCUACUGUCACCAUACUUUUUCCCUGAGGGAGGAAAGAGCAGCUAGAGUACCUAGUUUGGAUGAAUCUUAUCCCUGUCAGUAAGCAGAAUCAUCCACAACUACUAGCACACAGAGAAAUUCCUAGAGUGUACAUUCGCUAGAUUACUUCAAAACUGACAGAUGUGGAGAUAGCAAAGGUACUGGUGUGCAUAGGCACAGGAGAACAAGCCCCAAAUUGGUGGAUGAGUUACAGCUGUGUAGAUGUUUUAUCAAGGAGACAGGAAUGCAUCAAACAGUAACAAACUGAUAUUUGAGGGAAAAGGACUUAAGGCCCUGAUUCAUGAAAAUAUUCCUAUUCUGGACCGCAUUUAAGUGCAUGCUUAAAGUAGAGAUGGUUGAAACGGUUCAAAUAAAAAAAUUCUUUGUCAAAAAUGACAGCCAAAAUUAAAGACCAUUUUUUGACAAAUUCGCCCUAAAUGACAUACUGUUUUCAAUGUCAUGCAGUGAGUCAGCAGCAUUAGAAACAGAAAUUCCUGGCUUCUGUGCUCAAACUUCUAAACAAUUCUCAUUUGGCCAGCUGAUGCAAAGUGGAAUAGCACCAUGAAAGUCAGUUUAUACCAGCUGAGGAUCUGGCCCAUUUUACAAUUAGUACCUGUCCCAGUGGUGUUGGUAUUAUUCCAGCUCUGGUCUGCUUGCGUCAAGUCCAGAGAAAAUUGCUCCUCUAGCUCUCUUUAUAGUGACAGAGAUUAUGACAUCAGUUUCACACCCCAUUCCAUACCUGUCAUCUUGACUCUUCCUUUAUUCUGUCUGUGAAAGCAGGUCCUGGAGUCAGACUGGAGAGAAAGGGCAACAUUUUUAAUUUUGGCACUUCAGGGUAUGAAUUAGAGAAGAGAACAUCUUGACAGUGGUCUUUUUCCCUUCCCUUCAUUUGAUGCUGCAGGAUGUUGUCCUUGUUAACUGGUGGCCAGGCACCAGGGCCGGCUCCAGGCACCAGCAUUCCAAGCAGGUGCUUGGGUCGGCAAUC